AUGGCUGCGAAUUUGGACGCGCGAGGCGACGUGAUGGUGAAUGCGGCGACACAUGCUGGCUAUGCACCCGAGCUUGCGCACUGCUUUCCCCAGGGAGCCGGCAAGACGCGGAUCAUGCACUACUUCUCCGAAUUCAUGCCGCACGGCGAGCCGCACACCCCGGCGACGAUGCGCCGAUUUGUGCGCGAGUACUUUGUGCCGCAAUCAACGCUGCGUAUCCAGCUUCUGAACGAGGUCACGCACCUCACCAAAACCAUUGACAUUCCCUUUGCGGGCAUUCCCCACUUUUUGGACAUCUGUGAACGCAACAAGAUCGUUUCGAUGCGCGCGCACUUUGGCGAUACCUUUGAGCACAGAUGCGACCCAUCCGUGCCGCCGCCACCCGCACCGGUGUCGUACUCGACGCGCAUCCCCGAACCGGUCGUGAUGGGGAAUACGUCGCACAUUGUCGAGUCGCAGCAGAUGCUACAGAUUGCGACGUUUGUCAACAGCUGGCAGGGACAGCGUGUGGGCAUGUUCCGUGCUCUUCUUGCACCAUAUACCACCGUCGAGCGCGUCACCGCUCCGGCCGGCGCUGUGAGCAACGCGGACGGCACCAUUCUGCAGCUCGAAACGCGUCUGCGCAUCCAGUUUCUGUGCUUUACGACCCUUGCACAGUCGCUUCUCGUACCGACCUCGUCGCUCUACUAUGGCCUGGGGCCGCUUCAGGUUCCCGCGUCGAUGGUCGAAGAGAUUAUUUCGUACGGCCAGCGCCGCGAAAAGCGGCGACAUGCCAUCGAAGAGGGGCGCACGGCCAAGCGCCAGCGCGUUGCAACCUCUUCUGAAAAGGACGAGAGCGACGCGGACACCGACCCCGUGCUCGACUCGCCCGCGCCGACCGAGACGCCGCCAAAAGAAUCGCCGCCGCCGCGGUUUACCGUUCCUUUGCAGAACGGGCCUCCGUUCCACCUGAAUGAGUGGGGCGUGCCAGAUGGGCUUAUCUAUGCUGUGGAUAUUGUCGACAGCGUGCACCGUCUGCAGGAGCUGAUGGACAUCUACCUCACCGAGGGGCGCGGGCCGAUGGAGGUCCUCACUGCAUUCAAGCAGCAGCGCGAGCGCGAACGCUCCGAGCAGCCGCCGAGCUUUAUGCCGUCGAGCUUCUUGGACCAGUCGCCCCGUCACAGCCUCGUCGGCUACGACGGGGCUUCCGUGGCCAAGAUCCGCCGUUAG